AUGAGCAGCAGUGAGGUUGUUGGUCUCACAGAGAAUCACAUUAACAGUUCUCCCUUGAAUAGUACUAUUACUAAUGCUGCUGUUCCUUCUGAUACUGGGGUAGAUACUGUAAUUCCUCCUCCUGGGACUUGUUCUACCGCAGAAGCAACAGAAAAUGAAGAGAUGGGAGACAAUCAGUCAACAAAGCGACCAAAGCGAAAGGUUGCCAUUAUAUUCGGGUACAUUGGGGAACGCUAUUGUGGUCUUCAAUGGAACCAUUUACCAGAUUACCCCACUGUUGAGGAGGAAUUACUUCGAGCUCUACACCGAACAGACAUGAUUUCAAAAGAAAACUACGAUCAGGAAAAAGUUCAGCAAAAACUUAACUGGGAACGUGCUAGUCGUACUGAUAAAGGUGUUCAUGCAUUACGUAAUGUUAUUUCGGUUAAUAUUAUGCUCCCAUACGCAAAAGGUUCAACUAAAGAAUAUGACACUCAGGAAGCGAAACGUCUAUUAACAGAAGUAUUACCAAGUGAUAUUAUUGUUUAUGAUAUUAUUCCAGUUACUCGUAGUUUUAAUGCUUACAUGAUGUGUGGGGCACGAACUUAUGAGUACUAUAUGCCAACUUUUGCCUUUAUGAGUCAUGAAGAGUACUGCAAAACAUACUUUCCACCUGAUGUCGCCCCCUCACGGCCGACGUUAGAAGAGGUUGGAAUGCUUGGAGUUGUACGUGAGAAGAAUACUUCACUGGAUGAGACCGAAACCACUUGUUCUGUGAAUCAGUCCGGAAUGAAACGCCCUCGUGAGGAAACAGAAGAAGAAUGCGAGGGUAUUAAGAACAAUGACACGAAUGAAGAGUUAACUAAAAAGGAACAGUUGGAUGCUAAUGAUAACUGCGGCGACAAGGAAAAUGAAAAAGACCGUGACAGUGACAACGUUAAGAGUAAGAAUAACAGUAAUAAUAAUAAUAAUAAUAAUAAUAAUAAUAAUAAUAAUAAUAAGAAAAAAAUGAAUGCAGAUGAAACUGUUGAGAAGUUUCAUGAUGGUCUAUUUGAGAAGAUGUUGGUGUUUCGUACUAUCCCUGAAGAGACUAUGCGUAAUGUGGCCCGUUAUCGCCUGACGGCUGAUCGUCUCGAAGAGGUGAGACGUGUAUUUCGGGAGUUUGAGGGAACACACUCUUAUCACAAUUUCACUCCUGGUGGACGUGCCAGUGAUCCCUCAUCUGCACGCUACAUCACUUCUGUAACGGUUAGCGAACCGUUUAUUGUAGACCCUGCUGACACUACAAUGCUUGAGACUUUGCAAGAAUGGAAUCCCUCUCGAAGUUACUCUCCGGAUGAUGAAAAACUUCAACCACAAAAAGAAAAGAAUGAUAGUGAUGUUGAGCAACAACGUCAAGAAAUGCGUGAACAUAUGUUGCGUAUUUAUGGUAAUAACUAUGACGACGAAGGUAAUACGAAGAAAAAUGUUGGACUUGAAGUGGUACGUAUUGAAUUACAUGGACAAAGUUUCAUGUUUAACCAAAUACGAAAAAUGAUUGGCGCAGUUUCCUCUAUGUGCGCUGCUGGACAACCACCGGAGUAUUUGAGGAAUCAUUUGCUAAACAAGUCUGUCCGUUGUGGCACGCCGAUGGUGCCGGCGAAUGGUCUCUUUCUUUCAUAUCUCGACUUCCAGCGGUAUAAUUACCGACUCACGCGCAUUCAGCGUGAGGGCCGCAAUGGUGGCAACAAGGAGGGUGUGUACGUUGAUCGUGUGGAUGAGAACGCGGUGUCAGAGUUUCGCCGUAAGAUUGUAGCUGUAGUUCUACGUAAUGAGAUGGUGGGUGAUAUGAUGGGACGAUGGAUGCGUUCCCUUCGACAUGUUUUGCGGCUCGCGUGUAAAGUUGAACUGCCGUAA